AUGCGGCUGGGGCAUUGUCUUGAGCAGAAGUUGGCCACAGUGCCCGCCGUCGACGAGCCUCUGCCUGCGGGUCUUGAGCGAAGCUCCUCGCUCAAUGGCUUCCUGGUUGAUGGAAACAGCCUCAGGAGCGAGAACUUGCCUCCCAGAGGUGGCACCGUUGUCGGAAGCCCUUCCACUCUGCUCAAUCAAGCCGGAACGAAGGAGGCAUUGCCUGUCAACCUGGCUGAGCUCAAAGAGCUGAAGGUUGAGCUCCUGCAGUUCGACGAGCAAACCCUAUUUGAUGUCAAGGAGUUUCGUCAUCGCAUUGCUGAGGCCGACAAAGAGCUUCUGGGUCUUCUUCGGAGCAGCGCCGAGUUCCGCAUGGAGGUUGAAGAUGCGGAGUCAGCAUGGAAGAAGAAGCAUGCAUACAGGAAGGCCUUGAUGGACGCUGUGCAAGUGGCCGUGGACUCUGCGAGGCCUUCCGAACCUAUGGAAGCUGCCCCGCAGGAGCUUGUAGCUGACUGCCGCGAAAAGCUGCAGAGGCUGCAGAUCGAGAUCCUGGAAGACGAGAGGAGGCGCCAGGCCCGAUUGGCUGAGUUCAAUGAGCUUUGUGAAGACAUAGCAGAGCUGAAAGAGGUCAAGCAGCGCUCCAUGUUGCAGUUGCAGUCGUUUCUGGAGCUGCGUGACCAACAAAG